AUGUGUGACGCAAAUAAUGAGUUAAUUAUGAAACUAGUUUUAAACUUUUUUAAAAGCUCACAUAUUGAUUUAAAACCUGAAGACAUCAAAUUAAUGACUUGGACCAACCAAGAAACUUUUUUAAAUCAAACUAUUCAUUCAUCAUUAUUUAAAAAGUAUCCUAUUAAUUUAAAUUUUUGUAGAUUGUUUUUUAAAAACUUAAUACAGACUUUAGAUCAGGCAGACCAAGAAGUUCAUGAUGAUAUGUACACAUUCAUAUGUUCUACAAUGAAAAACUGUGAUGAGAAUGGUUUUAAUUAUCAUCAUUAUGUUAUUAACAACAACUUAUCUGAUAUUAUAACAAUAAAAGAAACAAGAAAUAUGGUAAUUAAUGGGACCACUGGGUUGAAAACUUGGGAGGCUGCUCUAAUGUUAUCAGAUUGGUCUUUGUGCAACAAACAAUUAUUUUCGAAUAAGAAAAUAUUAGAACUUGGCUCUGGAGUAGGCUUUACAGGCAUAACUAUAGCCAAACACUGUCAAAUAAAAUCUAUAAUAAUGAGUGAUUGUCAUGCUGAAGUUCUGAAAACAAUUCAUGAAAAUAUCCAAAUUAAUUUCCCUAAUGCUAUUUCAGAAGAAAGAUCUAAUGCAACAAUGUAUAAAAGUGAUACAAAAAUGAUAGGCACCCUGAUGUUAGACUGGAAUGAAAUUAAUGAUUUAUCUACAUGUUUGAUACCAGAUAUUAUAAUUGGAGCAGAUAUAGUUUAUGAUCCAUCAAUAUUACAGGCCUUGUUAAAUGUUUUUGAAUUCUUUUAUAAGAGAAAUAAUAGUAUUAACAUCUACAUAGCUAGUGUUAUUCGAAAUAAGGACACAUUUAACAAAUUUGUGAUGAUUUUAGGUAAGAGCAAUAUUCUU